GUCAUAUGAUAGAGAAGAAGUGGCACGCUAAUGAAGCGCCCCGACAGGGGUCUUUUCUGCUCCAGUCGCCGCAUGCAACCAGCAGAUGAUUGGGAGGCAGGAGAUGGAGGAAGCGGCGGCGGCGGCGGCAGCAGCUACUUAGCUCGGGCUGCUGAGCCCGCCGAGGAGGAGCGCCUGGCCAGCCCUCGAUCGGCUCGCCUCGAUCUCUCCUCCGGGGUGCCCACAGCCGGACCAGCCCCGCUCCCCGCCGGCUUGCGCGGGGACAGGACCUCCAGGUUUCCCCUCAGCCCCUCCGUCGGAGCCAGGGAAGCAGCGAGCUGGUCCGGGGGACAGCAGCGGGCAGGCGUCGGUGAGGAGCGGGCCCCGGAUGCGGACUCUCGGCUGGAGGCAGCGUUAAGAUCUCUUCUGAGCCGCCGCCGCCGCCACCAUGCCUCGGCCGGGCCGCAACACGUACAGUGACCAGAAGCCUCCUUAUUCGUACAUCUCGCUGACGGCCAUGGCCAUCCAGAGCUCCCCGGAGAAGAUGCUGCCGCUAAGCGAGAUCUACAAGUUCAUCAUGGACCGCUUCCCUUACUACCGGGAGAACACGCAGCGCUGGCAGAACUCGCUGCGCCACAACCUCUCCUUCAACGACUGCUUCAUCAAGAUCCCUCGACGGCCGGACCAGCCGGGCAAAGGCAGCUUCUGGGCGCUGCACCCCAGCUGCGGGGACAUGUUCGAGAACGGCAGCUUCCUGCGGCGCCGCAAGCGCUUCAAGGUCCUCAAGUCCGACCCGUUGGCGCCCUCCAAACCGUCGGAAGCCGCCCAGUACCUCCAGCAGCAAGCCAAGCUGCGCCUCAGCGCCCUGGCCGCCGGCGGCUCCCACCUGCCCCAGAUGCCGCCCUACAACCUGGGCGUCUCCCAGCCGUCGGGCUUCAAGCACCCCUUCGCCAUCGAAAACAUCAUCGCCCGCGAGUACAAGAUGCCCGGCGGGUUGGCCUUCUCCACCAUGCAGCCCAUGCCCGGCGCCUACCCGCUCCCCAACCAGCUGACGACGGUGGGCACCGGCUGGCCCCACGUGUACGGCUCCGGUAUGCUCGAGACGGCGACCCCCAUCUCCAUGGCCAGCGGCGAUUACAGCGCCGCCUACGGGGUCCCCCUCAAGCCGCUGUGCCACGGCGCCGGGCAGACUUUGCCGGCCAUCCCGGUGCCCAUCAAGCCCACGCCGGCCGCCGCAGUGCCCGCCUUGCCCGCCUUGCCCGCGCCCAUCCCCACCAUCCUCUCGAACUCGCCGCCUUCGCUCAGUCCCACGUCCUCGCAGACGGCCACCAGCCAAAGCAGCCCCGCCACCCCCAGCGAGACCCUGACCAGCCCGCCCUCCGCCCUCCACGCUGUGGUCGCCGUCCACUGACACCCGGGCCUGAGGGAGGGAGGGAGGCUGGCGGAGUGGGGGAGGCAGCAGGAAAGGAAAACCCCUCACCCCACCCGUCAAACCCCAAGUCGACGACGUUUUCCUUUAUUUUGACCCUCCUCAAAUCUUCCUGGUCCACCCGCCUGCUAUAUUUAUUCGUCGGAAGGGACUGAGCGGUGGGUGCUUUGGGUUCAAAUACCGCCCCCCCUGCAGAAAAAGAAAAAGACUUUACCAUCUCCCUCCCACUCCUGGGUACUCGGCUUCCAGAAGAACUCGGUGCGUCUCAACGCAAUUGCAGGCCCACGCUGCAGAAAGGCAAAAUCAAACUUGUUUGUUCAUUUCUGUCUCUCGUCCAUCCUCCCCCCACCCCACAACCCGGGCAGGAUUUCUCUUGGCGAAGAAAGGAGAUAAAAAUCCACAGCUAUCACAGAUGCUUCUUCCCUCUCCCCCUGCCCCUCCCCCUCCUUCCCCCACAAAUUGGUUUCCCUUUGGAGACUUCUCCACAAGGUUUGUUGUCCAACUUUUAAAAAGUUCUUUGGGCAGGGGGACGCCAUGCACUGAAAGGGUCUCUCUCUCGCUCUCUCUGAAACGUCCAAACCCCAUGCCCUUGCUUUCCAUUUAAGGCUUUUUU